CGUUUACUCGUAUAGGUAGUCGUUUCAGAUUUAGUCAUACAUCGUCAUCUACUGCAGAACCUUGUGUUGUGGAAAUUGUUUAUUUGAUUUGUCGUUAUUAAUAUUGUCAGUUUUCUAACGAUCUGUUUAUUUUUGUAAAUAACUGAAUAAUUUUCGCCGUGUCACCACCAAGGCUGUUCUAAAUAGUAUUCAUAAUUAUUAUUGACUGUUUUUGUAUCAAUCAUUUUGUGACUAAAUUUGCGUACCAAAACCUACUAAUGAAAAUUUCCAUCACGUAUUCGACAACGACAAAUCAAGAUUAGAUUGGUGAGCAUGAACCACACACAGUACACCGACAGCAGUGUGCAAAUAUUGUACGCAACAUAAUUAUUACAAAGUAUGGACGAUGUAGAUGAGCCAGAUGAACGAGAAGAACUGUUCUAUAAUAAUGUUAGGGAAAAAAUAAUUUUUCUCUUGCUGUUUGUUUUGUUGCUAGCGCUCAGUUACGCCAUUAUUAAUCAAUACAGAAAACGAGACAAUAUUGCCGUGUCUGUUCAAGAUGAGGAUGAUAUUACAGUUUAUAAAUAUAGUUUGUUACUUUGCACUAUCGCACUGGCAGUUGCUGUUGGAGCAGCCCUAUUAUUACCUAUUUCAAUAGCUAGUAAUGAAGUGCUGUCUUUGUAUCCUUCUAGUUAUUAUGUUCAGUGGUUAAAUCAUUCACUUAUACACGGUCUAUGGAGUUUGGUAUUUUUAUUUUCAAAUCUAUCUUUAUUUGUGUUCUUGCCAUUUGCGUUUCUAUUCAUUGAAUCUGAAGGAUUCCCUGGUCAUCGAAAAUGUUUAAAAGCCAGAGUAUAUGAAACAUGUACGGUGCUUUUAUUACUUUCGAUAUUUGUUCUUGUGUUAACAUAUUUGCUGUACACAAUUUUUUAUACUGAGCAAUCUCUUUUUUACAUGCUGUUUAAUUUAUGGAACAACUAUUUACCAUUCUUAUAUUCUUGCAUUUCAUUCAUCGGUGUACUUAUGUUAUUAAUAUGUACUCCAGUUGGAUUUGCUACAUUAUUUACCAUUUUAAGUCGGUUCAUGAUUAAACCACAACUACAAAAAACUACAGAUGAAGAAAUUAGCAUUUUAAGACUUGAAGUAGAUUGUCUUGCUAGAAGAUUGGACCAAGUUACUAUAAAUGGUUUAACAUACAUGUCACCAGAACCCAUGUUAGAAGGAAAGAAACAAAAUAUAACUCAUACCGAAAAGGAGUUAUGGACAUUGCAAAAUGGAAAGCUAAAACGUGGACUAACUGAUAGAUUGUCAAUUUAUCAAGAAAGACUUAGUGUACUUGAAAAACAAAGGAAAGUAUCGGUAUUCCGUAAGUUAUUUUUAUAUCCAACAUUCAUGCUAUUGUUGUUAGCACUUACUGUUGUCACAGUUUUAUUAGUUGUCCAAAACUUGCUUUUGAUACUCAUUGGCAUAAAAGCAUUACCUCUUAAUACUAGACAAUUUACUUUAGGUGUGAGUUCACUAUCCAAAUUAGGACCAUUUGGGGCUGGUUUGGAAAUAGUCAUUAUUUUAUAUAUGUUAGUGGCCUCAAGUGUUGGUUUAUAUUCAUUGCCUGUAGUGUCUACAUACCGUCCACAUAUUAAACAAACACCAUUGACACACAUAGUAGGCAAUUGUACUUUGUUGCUUAUAUUAAGCUCUGCAUUACCAUUAUUAUCUAGAAUUCUAGGAAUUACAGACUUUGAUUUAUUAGCUGAUUAUGGAAGAAUUGAAUGGCUUGGAAAUUUCACAAUUGUUGCUUUGUACAAUUUUGUAUUUGCUUCUGCUGCCACACUUUGUUUAUUUAACAAAUUUACUUCAGCUGUACGAAAAGAAUUAUUAUCAAGACUCAAAAGUUUUUGGAAAUGGAUAAUGGGACGUGACUACAGUAUUACACACAUUAAUUCUAGUUUUUCAGUAGAAAAUUCACCUACUAUUUCUAAAAAAAACAGUUAAGUCAUUUUAUUCCACUUUAAAUUAUUUGUCAUUUACACUGCUGUUUUAUUUUUUAAUUGUUUUGAUAUUUUUAAAAAAAAAAAAAUAAUCUAUAAUGUCUAAUAAAUUUACUAAAUUUUACCUUUGUGAAUACUAAUUAGUAAUAUACAUCAUCAAUUACAAUUUAUCUAUAUUAGAUAUAAAUUACAACUGACUGAUGCGAAUUAAUGAAUGCUGAUUGACAGACUGAUGAUAAGUUUAUACUUUUUGUUUCAUAAACAAAAAAUAAAUACUUUAAAAAAUGUUGAAGCGUUGAUUUUUAAUGUUUUUAAACAACUAAGGAUAAUUGAAAAAAAAGCAACUGACAAAAAAGCAAUACAUUAAAUAUGAAAAACAACAAUUUGAUUUAAUUGUUCAAUAUAAUACAAUAUUUUUUUUUUAGUUUUUACUAAAUCAUCUUUAAUAAAAAUUCUUUUAGAUUAUACACAAGUUAUUAAAAUGCACAUUUAGUUAUUUUGUGACUUAGCAUGGGGAAGGGAGGCAUUUCUGUUUGAAAACUACUAUUUUUUUUCCACUUGAAAUUUAGAAUGUAUAUAAAAAUAUCCUAAAAAAUAUUGAAUGUACUAUCAAACUGAGGGGCUUAAUAA